UGCCUUUUCAAAAGAAAAAAAUCAUUACAAAUUCUCACACGCAGAGACAAGUCUUUAGUCUUCUCUGUAACUACUCAACAACAUUUUCCAUUCAUCUUCUUCUUCUUCUUCUUGAGUGCAUCAAAAUCAAUUGCAUUUUUUUCUAACCAUUCACACCAUGCGUGUUUCUUGAAACUCAUCUACAUUGUUUCCACUUUUUUCAGCACAAAAAAUCAAUGAACCCAUUCUCAAAAUCAAAUCUUUUACCCUUAAACACUUCAACCCCACUUCAAUUUUCUUGUUUUCUUGCAUUUCUCUUCUUGAUUUCACUCUUUUGUUAGAUCUGUUGAAACCCCAUUUCAAGAAAAUGGUGGCUGAGCCCUGGUGUUUGAGGAUGGGUAGUCAGGUAAGUACUAAUGUCAAGAAACAUUCAUUACUUAUUGAAAAUUCAAAGAGAUUAUCUAUGAAGAAACAAACUCAACAAGAGAAGUUGUUUAUAGGGAUAUUGUCAUUUGAAGUUGCUAAUAUGAUGUCUAAGAUUAUUCAUCUUCAUAAAUCUUUGACUGAUUCUGAGAUUCUUAAGCUUAAAAAUGAGAUCUUUAAGUCUGUAGGAGUAAAGGCUUUAGUUUCUGAUGAUGAAGAUAAGCUUCUUGAAUUAGUACUUGUUGAAAAACUUGAUGAUUUGAAUAGGGUUGCUAGUGUAGUGUCUAGGCUUGGCAAAAAAUGUACAAUUUCUGCCUUACAAGGGUUUCAGCAUGUUUAUGGUGAUGUUAUUUCUGGGGUUAUUGAUGUGAAGGAUUUGGGAUUUUUGGUUAAAGAUAUGGAUGGGAUGGUUAGGAAAAUGGAGAGAUAUGUGAAUUCUACUGCUAGUUUGUAUUGUGAGAUGGCUGUUUUGAAUGAAUUGGAAGUUGCAACAAAGAAAUUUCAGCAGAAUCAGCAUGAGGAAAGUAGAAAGGCAUUUGAGCAGAAACUGGCUUGGCAGAAACAAGAUGUGAGGCAUUUAGAAGAUGUUUCACUUUGGAAUCAGACUUAUGAUAAAGUUGUUGAGCUGUUGGCUAGGACUGUGUGUACUGUAUAUGCUCGGAUUAGUACGGUGUUUGGCAAUAAUGUUCUCGUAAAGAGGGAUCUUUUAGGUAAUCGAGGAUUCAAUGAGAAGUCUGGUGUAAUUGUAGCAGAUAGCAAGUCUGAAGUUAUGGAUGCUGAUUUCAAGAAACCUGUUUUGAGGAACAACAAUGGAAGCUAUCGAUCGGGGUCAAUUGAGGGAGGGGUUUCGGGGAAAAGGAGCAUGAACCAUAGUACCCAAACUAAGGGUGGAAGAAAUGAAGGGAGCUUAUUUGGUACUGAGAAUUUUAAUUUUGCUUGUGGAAUGGGACCUGGGAGACUAUUCAUGGAAUGUCUUAGCUUGAGUUCUGCUUCAAAAAUGGAUUUCGACAAUGAUGUUGGGACUGAUGACAGAAGUAGUCAGAUAUCUGGAUGUUGUAGUGUUUCAAGUGGUAUGAAGAGGUCCCCUGGUAGUAUCCGUUUUAGCGGAGAUACCAGACAGCUAAAGAGUUGUGUGGCUGAUGCUGCAAAACAUGGUCCCAAAAGUAGGAUAACUUUGUAUGCUCCUCCUACAACAGUCGGAGGCUCUGCUUUAGCCUUGCAUUACGCGAAUGUGAUUAUCGUAGUAGAAAAGCUGCUCCAGUAUCCACAUCUGGUUGGUGAUGAGGGGAGGGAUGAUCUAUAUCAGAUGUUACCGACAAGCUUAAGAAAGACAUUGAAGGCUAGUCUGAGAUCUUAUAUGAAAGGUUUAGCCAUAUAUGAUGCGCCUCUUGCGCAUGAUUGGAAAGAAAGGCUUGAAGAGAUACUCAAAUGGCUUGCACCUUUAGCACAUAAUAUGAUCCGGUGGCAAAGCGAACGGAACUUUGAGCAGCAACAGAUUGUUAAGAGAACUAAUGUUCUCCUUCUUCAGACAUUGUAUUUUGCGGAUUGUCAGAAGAUAGAGGCAGUAAUAUGCGAGCUGCUUAUUGGAUUAAACUACAUAUGCCGGUUUGAACAACAGCAAAAUGCUUUAUUGGACUGCGCCAGCAGCAUUGAUUUUGAAGAUUGUAUGGAGUGGCAACUGCAAUUCGGAGGUUCUUUUCAUUCUUGAUCGCAUUGGAACAACACUAGUGUGGUAACAAUUUUUUUUUGAAUUUGAUGCAUUUGUAUGAUAGUUUAGAAUAUAGUUCGACACGAUGUCAACAUCAGAGAUCCAUACAUCAAGAUGUCUGGUUCUCUGGUGUUGAUCAUUUUAGAUAUUUCAUUGCAAGUUAUUGAAAAGCAAGGACUUCCAAGAGUAUAUAUUUAUGCACUUCCCAAUUAAUUGCUGUGUAUGUUGUAUAUGUUUUCUCAGUCUUAAGAAUAGACUUUCUUUUGUUAUCCAUUUGAUUGAGUUACUCAACGGAGUAUUUUAGAUCCAA